AUGGCCUCAACUUGUGAGCAGGCAGUGUCUCAACUGAUUAAAGAUUGGAUGAUUGACGCUAAAUAUCCUAAUCUAAAAACACUUAUUGUUCGUUUGGCAAAUAACGCUCACUCUUUUGGAGACAUCACAAAAGACUUGGAUAGAGUGAAAUGGGAUGAAUAUAGACGGCCAACAAAGAAAGAAUUCGACACAAGCAACGUAAUUUUUAAAACAAGACAUUGGGACUGGUGCAAUUGGGAUUUGAGUUACGACAUCAGGCAAAAGGACACUGGAAAAAUGGCGACAGUCAAUUGCCAGUAUAAGGCAGUAAUCUUUUUUGUGUGGGACUGCCAGAACCAGUAA